UACAACAAACCACAGAAGAAGCCUCGUCUCUAGGAUACGGAGGAAGCGUUCCUGUUGGGCUGAUGGUUGCAGGGAUGCCGCCAGUGGAGCGUCUUCAUCUGGAUCAUGUUGUGCAGACUGUGUGUGUGUUGGAGUCAGUUGUCCUCCGCAGUUUUGGCCCUGAAGGAGGACAGGUUCUGUUCACCAGAGACACGGGACAGGCGAUGUUGAGCCGCAGUGGGGCUCGCAUUCUCACUGCGCUACGACUUGAGCAUCCACUGGCCAGGAUGGUGGUGGAGUGCGUCUUGAAACACAGCACUGUAACAGGCGAUGGAUCCAAGACGUUUAUCCUACUGCUAGCUUCAUUACUACGGAUGAUUCAUAAAAUGGCCUGCAAGGAGCCUAAUGUGUCCCACACCUACACCUCCAGGCAAACGGCAGAGGCUUCAACUGCCAGGCACUUGGCUGACAAAAUUCUGGCAUUUGCAUUGGAGGAGCUAGAUGAUCUCAUAGCCAUGGGAGUGAUUCCAUAUGGAUGCUGUCUGUCAUGGGAGGAUUUCACUGCAAAAACACAUUUACCAGGACCCUCAAACAAUGACUGUGUUCAAAAACUGCUGACAUCAUUCUUUCAUUCACGUCUGGGUCGUUCCCACUGUGACUUUAUAAGCAAACUAACCUGUGAACUGCUGACUCACUGGAAGUUUAAAAGGGACCAACCUUCCUUAUCACUUGAGUUUGUAAAUGACAACUUCGAUGCAUUGCACACACCUGUGUCAGGCUUCCCUAUCAGUUGUUCACGUUUGAUUGAGGGGCAAGUCAUUCACAGAGACUUUGCUACACCGUGCCCUCAGACUGAACAAAAGACAGUUAAAGCUGCAGUUUUCUCUGGUUACCUCCAGCCAAAAUUGCUCAAUGCAGGACAAGUGCUGCAGCUGGGAUGUGGAGAGCAAUGGAUGGGGGAUAAUUCAAAGAACAACAGAAGUAUAGUGCAGUUUAGCGCCUGGACAGAAAGGUCCCUGGAGUGUGUCUUUGCAAACCUGCAGAGUUUGGGUGUCUCUGUGAUCCUGUCUGCAGUGAAACAGUCGGCUGCUGUCCUGUCUUUAGCUGCACAGGCAGAGAUGUGCGUUGUGGAGUGUGUCAGUGAAGAUGAGCUGUCUCUCUUUGCCCAGCUAAGUGGGGCCACACCUGUCUUAGACUGCUGGAUGGUUGAACCAGAGCACGUCGCUACGCUGACCUUUUGUAGACCAAUUCUGCUGGGAGCCCAUAGGUAUGUCCAUGUGGCUUUCAAUGAUUCAGAGGAAAGGGUCACGGUCAAACCAUGUAGUCUGGUCAUUUGUGGCCUAGGGGAAGGACAAACUGACCAGUAUACAUGUGCAUUUCGAGACGCCAUCCGCAUGCUCCUUUCAACAUGGGAGCCCAUGGGUAUGACUGCAACCACAUCCUCAAAGAGGACCUUGCAGUCAACCAAAAGCACUUCUUCACAUGUGGAUCAGAUCCCCAAUGUACCUCCCUUCCAGCAGUGUGGGUUGCAGCCAGGUUGUGUUAUACCUGCUGGUGGGACAUUCGAGUUUCUCUUACACCAUGCCCUCCUACAAAAUGGCACCAGUUGCUCAGCCUCUGAUGACACAGUUACGAGUGGCCUUGCUGUUUCCCAGCUCUUGGCAAAUGCUCUACUGAUCGUGCCCAGACAGAUUUAUUCCCACAGUCCAAGACAUUUCCUGCAGGCUCAAGCAAGGUUCCAGACUAUUGUUCAAAACCAUUCCCACCCGUUUAGCCUUGUCUACAAACAGGAGCACAGCUCAAUCUUUGGGGAAAGUGCAUUUCCUCUAGAGGAGGAUAAACUAACAAAGCAUCAUUUUACUGAGGCUGACAUGUCAGCAAAACUGUUCAUGUCAGACUCCGGCCUUGAAUCUGUGUCUUGUAAAUACCAGCUACUUCUGGCUGUUCUACAGUGUCUGUCAAGUAUUCUCCAUGUAGACACCGUGCUGCACACACACACUGCCUUACACACUCAGUCACGCAGACUUGCUAACACUUCCUGGGAGGACACAGACGACGAGACUGAAGACUGAGAUUGUAUUGUAUCCAAAAGGUAAAAUAAUGAAUAUAUUUUUGUAUCAUUCAAAAGGUGGAAGGAGAUAAUUUGCAGAUUGCUCUAGCAAUAUUAGUAACACAUGUAUUUGAUAUGCAACUUUAUACUUCCACUGUAAUAAUAAAUUACU